AUGCCAGGUGGAUGCCAGGGAAAAACAACUUUUUUUGAAGUUUUUAAGACACGGUGCAGUGAAUCAGAUUUAGGGCCAAUAAGCCUUAACUGGUUCCAAGAACUUACUUCAGAAGCUCCACCCUAUAAUUAUGAAACUUCAGAAGACCAUGGAAAUAAAACUGAAAUUAUCGAGUUGAAUUCUUUUAAAACACCUCAGCGGAAACCUUUUACUUAUAAUCAGCUGGCAUCGACACCAUUAAUCUUCAAAGAACAGAAUGUAAAUUUUUCAUUGUAUUCCUCUCCUUUAAGAGGACCAGAUCAUUGCAAAUUAGACAUAGGUAAGGAUAAUGCAGUUGAUAAAGAACUUAGGAAAAGUCAUUGCAUAAUGAAGACCAAAUUAGGUCAAGCAAAUGAUGUCACCAGCCCACCUCUCAGUGCUUGUCUCAGUGAAAGUCCAGUGGUUUUACGAGGCCCAUACAGAACUCCACAGAGGGAAAAGCCUGUGGCAUUUGGCAACUUGUUUUAUACCCCUAAACUAAUGAAGGUUAAUACACCAAAACAUAUUUCUGAAAGCCUUGGAGCAGAGGUGGAUCCAGAUAUGUCUUGGUCUAGCUCAUUGGCCACUCCUCCUACCCUCAGUUCAACUGUGUUAAUUGUCAGAGAUGGUCAGACUUCUGGCGCUGGGAUUCCUAAUGAUACUACAAUUAUGCUGCAAAAGUCUUUAUCUCAGCGUGGCGAAAGUCCUAAGACACUUGAUAGGACCACCUCUUCUGUACCAAACGUUGAAAAGACACAUGCAGAAGACUCUGUCACUAGCCAGGAAUUGGAAAAAAUGAUAGAUGAUUCAUUUGGUGUUGGAAAUAAUUUUGAAGACCAUGGCGGAAAGAUGAUGAAAAAUAUGUCAAAUGUUAUGGAAGAUGAAGUAUGUGAUCCAGUCAUUGAUACACCUGUAGAAGACGAUGCUUCAUUCAGUUUCCCUGGUUAUAAAAUGGGAAGUCUACGAAAAGUAAAACUUGAUAAGACUAGGAAAAAAUAUUUUAAAAUAAAAACUAAUGAAUGUGAAGAAACUGAAAAAUUAAAUGAGAAGGAUAAGUAUUUAAGUACAUCUGAAACUGAACUAGAAUCCUGCUAUCCAUCCAUUUCAAACAUAACAAAAAAUGAAAUUCAAAAGCCCACUGAGAAUGUUAAUGAAGAAUUGUUUAAGGAUGAUGUACCAUCCUCAGCAACUCAGUGGUCUCAAUUAAACCUUUCUGGUCUAGAUGUAACACAGAUAGAGAAAACACCACUGCCACAUACUUCUUUUUGUGACCAAAAUUCAGGAGAAAGAUCAGCAAAUUCAGACAAUGAAUGUUCCAGCCUAACUACUUUUAAAAAUGUGGAAAUACCAGUAUAUAAGCAGGAUGAAGAGAAAAUUACCACACCUCAGAAAGAAACUAUUCUGUUAUUAAAACAGACAUCCCCUGAAAUUUCUCCACUGAAUUCUUUAUCUCAAGAUAGAAAAAGUUCCAUGUUCAAGAUGGAACAAACAUCUAAAGAAACCAUCAGCAUGGAUGAGUCUUCCUUUUGCACAGUCAACACAAACAUUGCAACAGAAUCUAAAGUUCUUGGAAAUAAACUAGAAAAUCCCAAGUCUUCUGGAAAUGAUAUUGCUUGUCCUGGAGAGUAUGAUUCCUUAUCUGCAAAUACAGAUGGUAAAGGAAACUGCCCAACAACUGCCAAAUGUAACUCAUCACCUUUGAACAGUACAGGUAUAAUAUCUCAUUUAAAAAAGAAGACAAAAAAGUUUAUUUAUGUUGUGAAUGAUGAUUCAACUUGUGAAGGAGAAAAAAUACAGAAAACUCAAGAAAUAGGAUCAAAGAACUAUUCUGCAUCAUCCCAUUUAGAAUUGAAUUCUUCUGAAACACGUCCUGAAUUCACAAAUGCUGUAUCAGAUGUUUUGGAUUCCUCUGUCAAAAGAAAAUGUUUACGAUUUAAUCCUGAGAAACAGACUGUCUCCUUAACUGGUCAUGACAAAACAAUGCUGGAAGAAUGUUUUAAUGAAAGCAGUUCUCCUCAGAAUGACGUAACACCUCAGGAUAUAGAUUCUAAGGAAGUAAAAAUAAAUAGAGGGAAUCUGGAGUCAACUGUAACAGAAGUUGGUAAUCAAUCACAAUCUCAAAAAAGAGGCUACAAUAAUGCUUCAAAAAGUCCAGGAUUUUCAAGUAUAAAAGAACAAGUAGUGGCUGCAGCAUGCCUCCUACCAAGACAACAUACAGAAAUAGAAUUGGGGAAUAUUGGACAGAAUAUUCACUUUCCAACAAAAAAUAGAACUUUAAACGACCCCAUUAAUUCCAUUAUUAAUACUUCAACUCAGCUUCCUCAGGAUCCACCAGAAUUUCCUGUUGUGGUUUGUGGAGAAAAGGAAACUUUAUGCAAAAUGAAACAAAAACUAAGAUUUAGGAGAAACUCUGAUUCAACUUUUCUUACAAAUAAAGUUAGUUCUGAACCAACAGAGAGCUUUACUAAUAGCCACUUUAAAAAGAAUCAAGAAACUGAAGUUUUAAACGAAAUUUCAGGAGAAGCUCAACAAGUGUCAUCUGAAAAAUGCAAAGAAAUAUCAUCUGUUUCUUUGGGGGCACAGAUCAACAAAAAUGCUGACUUCUUUGUAAGCCUAAGAGACCAGGAAAAAAAAAAUUCAAUUACAGAAAAAACAGCUCUCGAACCAUACCCUGAGGAACAUUUGCCUUUGAAUAAAGAUAAUUUCCUUUUGCAAACAAUUGAGAAAAACAAUAUACAGAUUAUGGACAGUUCUGAGGAAUUCUUUGAGACUAAUUUCUGUUAUUUAGGAGAUUCUGUUCCUGAGAACUCUACAGAAAUAGAUUGUAAACAGACACCCCAAGAGUUAUGCACAGAAGAUUUUUAUUCAUCAGAAGUGGUUCCCAAUUUUACAGGGAAUCUCCAGAAUAAAAACCAGGCUCCAAAACUGGCUUAUGAAUGUACAUCACUAAGUAAAAAUUUCUAUUCCAAAAGUACUAUUGAUACUAACGUGAAAUCAAAGAAAAAUGAAGAUAAUCAUUUGGGAAAGUGGGCAGGAAAUUUCGAUCCUGACUCAAAUAAGAGUCUUGGAAGUGGAUUCAAAACAGCUUCCAAUAAAGAGAUAAUACUCUCUGAAUACAACAUUAAGAAAGGGAAACUUUUCUUCAGAGAUAUUGAAAAGCACUAUAAUAGUUACUCUUCUGUAGAAAUUGUGAAUAUGUCAACUUCAGUAGCAGCAGAAAAUAUCAAGACUGAUUUAGAUACUGAAAACCAAAUCAAGAAUUCUUUCCCAGUUUGGAAUUCAGAAUCAGGCCAUCCUAUAUCUAAGGAUGUACAAAGUAACAUAUCUGUUAUUAACAGGAAAGGUACUGAUGUAACUCUGGAAGACUUAUCAUCAAAAAAAGAUCUUAAUCUUAGCCAUAGUUUAACAGCUAGCCAAAAAGCAGAAAUUACAGAGCUUUCCACGAUAUUGGAAGAAACAGGAAGCCAGUUUGAAUUUACACAGUUCAGAAAACAAAGUCCUACAGUACAGACAAUUGAAAUAUCCACCAACAAAGCAGCAGAUGAGUUAGGCAACUUAAAUACUUGUGAGGUCCAGAACACUGUUGAGCUUGAUGCUUAUUUUGGAGCUAAAAAUGAGAUAAAUAAGAACAGAGCUACUGAACAAGUAGAUUUAAUUGUGAACUCUGAAGUGGCAAUUAAUGUAAAGCAAAAAACUGUUGGUUUACCAAAAAGUAACUCUGGACAAGUCACCUCUACUGAUAGGUUCACUAAAAAUGAAGUGGACUUCAAAGGCUUUUGUUCUGCCCUUGGAAGAAAGAUGAGUGUUUCUAAUGAAGCUUUACAAAAAGCUAUGAAAUUGUUCAGUGAUAUUGAGGAGAUUGGUGAGGAAACACCUCUGCAAAAUUUUAGAAAUGGUUCUUUACAUAGAAGUCAUAAGUCUAAUAUUGUUUCUACAUUCAAGAUUGCAAAUUAUAAUAACAAUAAUGAAGAUUUUAAAGGGAAAGAUGCUAAAUGUGUACACAAAUCACAAAACAAUGUUGAGAAUAAUACUGGUAUUCUUGUUGAAGAAAACAUAUUAAAUUGCAGCAGAGAUCUAGAAAAUAAAAUGAGUAGUUGUCUAUUAUCUAUUAGUUCACAUAAAGAUAAUAGUAAAUUAAAAGGAUCUGUUGUACCUAAGACAAGUAAUAACUGUCAAAGAGAAAUAAAUGGCUUGUCAUUGAUUGGUCAGCAAAAUAUACAUCUGAGAAUGCCUCAUCAACUUAUAAAACAAGAAAAUUCUCAAAUUAAGGAAGAAUUGUUAGAUUUAACUUACUUGGGAGAAGCUAUUAAAGAUGAAGAAAUGUCUACCUUGAACAUAAGCCAAGUGGAGUCAUUGGUUUCUGAUCAAAAAGAGCAAAAAAUAAGAGAAAAUGAAAAUUCCUAUGACCUACAGCAUUUUCAGACUGCGAGUGGUAGAAAUAUCAUGGUCUCCAAGGAAUCUUUCAAUAAAGUUGCCCAUCUGUUUGCUGAAGAAUGCUCAGAAGCAGAAUUAAAUAAUUUUUCAUUUCCUUUGACUUUGAAAAUGCCAAAUGUUGCUUGUAAUAAACCAAUGGAACCUUCAGGGAAAGAGGAAAAAAACUUAGUUGAAAGUGAAACAGGAGAAAUGGUUCUUGGUGCUACUAGAAGUCAGUUGAUACCUGUACAACAGGGACCAAAAAUUGAAAACAAAAAAUGGAAAGAACAUAGUAUGGUGGGUUUUCAUACUGCUAGUGGGAAAAAAGUUAGAAUUUCAAAGGAAUCUUUGGCUAAAGUAAAGAAUUUUUUUGUUGAGGAAAAUUUAGAAAACAAUGAUACGAACAUUAAGAAUCCUGAGACAGAACUUCUUAAGCAAAGAGAAGAAGUUAAUGAAAAACAUGAACAGGCUUAUGAGAUGGUUGAGUUAAAUAAUGCCCAAGUGUGGGAAGAAAUGCAAAGUUACCAAGAUGAUGAUGAAAAAGUCCUUGAUUCUGCUACAGCUGCGGGUCUACCUAAAAUAACUGAUAGUGCUCCCUGUAAUGAACCUUCAAAUAGUGUUUUAUUUGAAGAAGAACUAUCUGUAAAUGAAGAAAGUAAAGAAAAUUUUAUAUUGUCUGUUACAAAACAGUCUACUGGUUUGCCUUCUGAAAUUUCAGGUUUGGGAUUUUACACAGGACAUGGGAAAAGCAUUUCUGUAAGUGAGACUUCAUUACUGGCAGCAAGAAAAUGGAUGAGAGAGAGAGAUUUAGAAGAUUUAGGAGGAAAAAAAGCCAACUCUGCUGUCCACAUGGAGAAGCUUGUGCCUUUAAAUGCUUUAAAUAAUACAUCAUCAGUUGAAGACAAAAAUUGUAUCUCUGAUAAGCAAGAUUCAGCUAAUUUAAGUAACAGUAUGUCAGACGUUAGACACAAUUUAAAACAUGACACAAAAAGAUCUGAUUUUUAUCAUUCAGAUAAAGCAAGUUUCUUCCCAGAGCAUAUAUCUGAUAAAGGAAUGUCUUGUCUUAAGGGAAGGCCACCUGCAUUUACUACAGCAAGUGGCAAGGCAGUUUGUGUUUCAAAUGAAGCAGUACAAAAAGUAAGAGAGAUGUUUACAAACGAUCGUGAUGAGUUCCUCAAACCAAACAUUGAGACCAAAUCAGAAAAUGAUGAAAUGGAAAUUGUGAAAGAUUUUUCUAACACAUUGGAAAACAAAGAGGACAUUUCUCUUAAAUCUUUUAAUGGCAAGAAAAAGAGUAUGUCUACAACUGAUAUUUUUGUUUCAAAUGAAAAUACAUCAACAAAUACUGGAUUAGAGAUGGACUCUGAACUGUCACAUUGUCAAAUCAAUUCUACAACCUCUGAUUUGUAUAAAUCUGCUAUGGGAACACUGCCCAAGUGUAGCUCUUCUGUUGGGAUUUUUUGUACAGCAAAUGGCAAACCUGUACAAGUAUCAGAUAAUUCAUUAAAGAAAGCCAGACAAGUUUUUUCUGAAAUAGAAAAUAAUUCUGAGCAAUUACUUUCCAUGACAUCCUUUAAAGACAAUGAAAGCCGUCCAGAAACAUUAAUAGGAGAAGAAAAUGCCAUGUUACAUGCAAAAACUAGCCUAUCAGAAAAGAAAAACUAUUUAAGUAAUAUGCUAAAUUUACAUAAUAACUCGGGAUUUAGUACAGCAAGUGGAAAACAGGUUUUAAUCUCUGAAAAUGCAUUGAAGAAAGCUAAAGGUAUGUUAGCAGAGUUUGAGUUAAUGAAAAGUGAAUGUUGUGUUCAGCCUUUACCUGAAUCUACUCAAAAUGUUACACCAAAAACUCUGUCUCCUAUUUGUAUUGAUGGUGGUAAAAACCCAAAACAUACUGCAAAUUCCAAAAAUGAAGAAACUUGUAAUAAACAGCUUAAUUUCUCAAAUAAUUGUGAUGUUAAAGUAAAUUCUUCAGAAAAUAGCACCACUACUAAGGUUAAUUGUGAUCAGUUUAAGCAGGAUGAGAUGCAGUCACCUUUAGAAACCAAAUUGACUCCAGCUGAAGAUAGUUCAUUUUUGAAAAAAGAACAAAUUAGCUUUAAGAAUGUGAAUAGGGAAGGUGAUAAAAUUUUAGAUGAUCUUCCUGUCAAAAGAAGCCUGCAAGUUUCUUCUCACUCCAAAGCCCCAGAAAAUUCUCUUGAAAGAGAAGCAAUGGAAAUUGCCAAAGCUUUUAUGGAAGAUGAUGAACUCAUAGAAUCUGAAUUGCCUCAUAAUGCCAAACAGUUCUUUUUUACUUAUAAAAACAAAGAGCACAUGCAGCUAAAUUCAAGAUUUGGUAAAAGAAGAAUGGAAAAACGUGCCUCAUAUGGAGAACCCCCAAUUAAAAGAAAAUUGUUACAUGAAUUUGACAGAGUGGUGGAAAGUCAAGAAAAAUCUUUAAAACCUUCAAAAAGCAGUCCAGAUGGCACAAUGAAAGAUAGGCGAAUGUUUAUGCACCAUGUUCCCUUAAAGCCAGUUACUUGUGAUCCCUUUAGCACAACUAAGGAACGGCAAGAAAUGCGGCAUCCCAAUUAUACUGCACCUGAUCAAGGAUUUACAUCAAAAUCUCCCUUUUUAAAACACCAGACUUCAGAAAAUUCAAGCUAUAAGUCACUUUUAGGAAGUCCAUUGUAUAAAGUUUCCUGUACAGAUAAUGGAAAGAUGAAACCCAUGACUGUUGUAGGCAAGCCCGCCAAAGUCUUUGUUCCACCUUUCAAAACUAAGUCAGACUCUUUAACAGUUGAGCAUGUCAGUAAGAGACUUAAGUUGAAGGUAAAGGAUCACACACAAGAAAAUGAGAAGCAAAAAUAUGUAGAUGGACAUAAUACUAGAGAUGGUGAAAAUAAUGAAAAUUAUCUCACUGACAAAGAUAACUCCAAUCAAGCAACAACGGAUGUUUUUGAAGAGUAUGGAGAUUCAAACCUAGAGAUGAUUGAAAAUCUUCAGAGUGCCAGAGAGAUGCAACAAAUGAGAAUUAAAAAGAAACAGACACAACAGAUUCAUCCGCAAGCAGGCAGUCUGUAUCUUAAAAAAACAUCUACCGGUCCUAGAAUAUCUCUCAAAGUAGCAGUGGAAGGCAGAGUUCCCUCUACUUAUUCUAGUAAACAGUUGUAUAUGUAUGGGGUUUCUAAACAGUGCCUGAGAAUUAACAGCAAAAAUGCAGAGUCUUUCAAAUUUCACAGUGAAGAUUACUUUAAUAAGGAGUAUUUGUUGGAUGGAAAAGGAAUACAACUGGCUGAUGGUGGAUGGCUCAUACCUACUGAUGAAGGAAAGCUUGGAAAAGAAGAAUUUUACAGGGCUCUGUGUGAUACUCCUGGUGUUGAUCCAAAACUUAUUACUAAAACCUGGGUGUAUAACCACUAUAGAUGGAUUAUUUGGAAACUGGCAGCUAUGGAAUUUACCUUUCCUAAGGAAUUUGCUAGUAGGUGCUUAACCCCAGAACGGGUGCUUCUGCAACUGAAAUAUAGAUAUGAUAUAGAAAUUGAUAAGAGCAGAAGAUCAGCUCUUAAAAAGAUAAUGGAAAGAGAUGAAACAGCUGCAAAAACACUGGUGCUUUGUGUUUCUGAAAUAAUUUCAUCAGGCACAAAUACAUCUAUAAUUGCCAACAGUAAAAACAGUAGUGUGGACAGCAAAAAGGAAUCAGCAGUUAUAGAAGUUACAGAUGGAUGGUAUGCAAUCAAGGCCCUGUUAGACACUCCCCUCUUAGCUCUCUUACACAGGGGUAAAUUGACUGUUGGUCAGAAGAUUAUAACCCAUGGAGCAGAACUGAUAGGCUCUCAGGAGGCAUGCACACCUCUUGAAGCUCCAGCGUCUCUUAUGUUAAAGCUUUCAGCUAACAGCACUCGACCUGCUUGUUGGUAUGCCAAACUGGGCUUCUUUUCAGAUCCCAGACCUUUUCCACUGCCCUUAUCCUCACUCUUCGGUGAAGGCGGAAACGUUGGCUGUGUUGAUAUAGUUAUUCAAAGAGUUUAUCCUACCCAGUGGGUGGAGAAGACAGCAUCUGGGUCAUAUAUAUUUCGUAAUGAGCGAGCAGAAGAAAAGGAGGCUUUAAAACAUGCAGAAUGUCAACAAAAAAAAUUGGAAGCCUUACUUACAAAAAUACAAGCAGAAUUUGAAAAACAUGAAGAAAGCAGUGCAAGACAGCAUGGGCUAUCACGUAUUUUAACAAGACAUCAGGUUCGUGCUUUGCAGGAUGGUGCAGACCUUUAUGAAGCAGUUAAGAAUGCACCAGAUCCAGCUUACAUCGAGGGCUAUUUCAGCAAAGAGCAGUUAAGAGCUUUGAAUAAUUACAGGCAGAUGUUGAAUGAUAAAAAGCAAGCACAGCUCCAGUCAGAAGUCAGAAAGGCUGUAGCAGCUGCUGAACUGGAGGAACCAGGGCUGUCCAAAAGAGAUGUGACUAUGGUUUGGAAGGUACGAGUCGUCAACUAUGAGAAACAAGAACAUUCAGUUAUUUUGAGCAUCUGGCGUCCAUUAUCAGAUAUAUAUUCCCUACUAAAGGAGGGAAAUCGAUACAGAAUCUACCACCUGGCAACAUCACCAUCUAAAAGCCAAUUUGAUAGAGCUCGGAUCAGAUUAACAGCAACAAAGAAAACUCAAUAUCAGCAGCUGCCGGUCUCUCAUGAAACUCUCUUCCAAGUUUAUCAACCAAGGGAAACACUGCCUUUGAUCAAGUUAGCGGAUCCAUCCUUUCAGCCUCCAUGUGCCGAAGUAGACUUAGUAGGGUUUGUGGUUUUUAUCACCAAAAAACCAGGUGUUGCACCUUUGGUGUACUUGUCAGAUGAAUAUCAUAAUUUAUUAGCAGUAAAGUUUUGGAUAGACCUUAAUGAAGAUGUUAUUAAACUGCAUACAUUGAUAGCUGCAAGCAACCUUCAGUGGAGAGCAGAGUCCAGAUCAGGAAUUCCCACCUUAUUUGCUGGAGAAUUUUCCUCGUUUUCUGCUAGUCCAAAGGAAAGUCAUUUUCAAGAGACAUUCAACAAGUUGAAAAGUUCUGUUGAGAAUAUUGACCUGUUUUGCAGUGAUGCAGAAAGUAAACUUACUCAUCUGCUUAACACACAUAAUUCCAAACAACUAAAUGCAGUCAAAGAAUAUAAUUUAGACUCACCUUCUCCUCAAGCAAGACUUGGCCUGGGCCACGUGAUGUCCACUUCUCAGAACGAACCAAAUCAUCACUGUCCUGAAGGGAAUUCUGGUCUCACCAUUAGCUCAGUCAAAAUAACCCCAACAUCAGAUUGUAAAGGAGACAGAAAAAUGGAUGACCCCAGAAUCUGCAAGAAGAGAAGAUCAUUGGAUUUCUUCAGUAGACUGCCUUUACCUCCACCAAUCAGCCCAGUCUGUACAUUUGUUUCUCCAGCUGCACAGAAAGCAUUUCAGCCACCUAGGAGCUGUGGCAACAACUACAGCAAACCCAUAAAGAAAAGUAUACUGAACCCUCCUCAAGUGACAACAUUAAAAACAUUAAGUGGAACCAGUGUGGUGGAAAAUGAUUUGAUUGCAGAUGAAGAAUUGGCUUUGAUAAAUACACAAGCCCUUUUGUCUAAUUCACCUGAAUAAAAUUAAGUAAAUAAAU